GGGACCGGGACCUUGUGCGGGGAAAAGGGGAGACGGAGUCCGGAGCGCCCGGGCUGAGGGAGCGCCGUGCUAGGGUCUGUGCCGGAGGCUGACAGCAGAUCCCGACCCCGCGGAGGGUCCUGCCCGGCGCCACCAUGGGCAAGAAAAGCAAACUGGGCAAGAGCCGGAGGGAUAAGUUCUACCACCUGGCCAAGGAGACAGGGUUCCGCUCCCGCUCCUCCUUCAAGCUGCUGCAGCUCAAUCGGAAGUUCCAGUUCCUGCAGCAGGCUCGGGCACUGCUGGACCUCUGUGCAGCCCCCGGUGGGUGGCUGCAAGUGGCUUCCAAAUUCAUGCCAGUUUCCAGCCUGAUCAUUGGGGUGGACCUGGUCCCCAUCAAGCCCAUUCCCAACGUGGUGACACUGCAGGAGGACAUCACCACUGAGAAGUGUCGGCAGGCCCUGCGCAAGGAGCUGCAGACCUGGAAGGUGGACGUGGUGCUGAACGAUGGAGCACCCAACGUGGGAGCCAGCUGGGUGCACGAUGCCUAUUCCCAGGCCAACCUGACCCUGAUGGCUUUGAAACUGGCUUGUGAGUUCCUCUGCAAAGGUGGCUGGUUCAUCACCAAGGUCUUUCGUUCCCGAGACUACCAACCCCUCCUCUGGAUCUUCCAGCAGUUCUUCCAGAAGGUUCAAGCCACCAAGCCCCAAGCCUCUCGCAAUGAGUCCGCUGAGAUCUUCGUGGUGUGCCAGGGUUAUCAAGCUCCAGACAAAAUUGACACCAAGUUCUUUGACCCAAAAUAUGCUUUCAAGGAGGUGGAGGUUCAGGCUAAAUCUGUCAGUGAGCUGAUCAGCAAGAAGAAGCCAAAGGCAGAAGGCUAUGCAGAUGGAGACACAACUCUCUACCACCGCUUCACCCUGAUGGACUUCCUCAAGGCUCCCAACCCUGUCGACUUCCUCUCCAAGGCCAACGAGAUCACGCUGGGGGACGGUGAGCUGGAGAACCACAGCUCCACCACCGAGGAGCUGCGGCAGUGCUGCAAGGACAUCCGCGUGCUGGGGCGCAAGGAGCUCAGGGCCCUGCUGAACUGGAGGACGAAGCUGCGGCGUUUCUUGGCCAAGAAGCUGAAGGAGCAGGCGAAGGAGCUGGAGAUCAACCUGAGCUCGGGUGAGGAGGAGGAAGGCAGAGAGGAGGAGGAGAAGAAGGAGAACAAGACAUCAGCAAAAGCUGCAGCUGAUGAGAAGACGAAAGAGGAAGAGGAGGAGGUAGAGCUGGCGUUGGCAGAGAUGAAGGCCAAGGAACUGGCAGAAUUGAAGAGGAAGAAGAAGAAGAUCCUGAGGGAGCAGCGGAAGCAGCGUGAGCGUGUGGAGCUGAAGAUGGACCUGCCUGGGGUCUCCAUCGCUGAGGAUGGUGACACCAGCAUGUUCUCCCUCCGCACCAUCCACAGGACCCCGCUGCUGAACGAGGUGACCCGGGGGGAUAUGGCAUCAGCUGAUGCCCUCCUGGAGAUGGGACCUGGAGAUGAUGACAUUUACAUCUCAGACCAUGAAGGGGAGGAUGAUGUGUCCCUGGCCAGUGAUCUGGACCCCGAGGAGCUGGUUGAGAUCGAGGCUCGUCAGCGCCGGCUGGAGCGGGAGAGGAGAGAGCAGAGGGCUAAGAGUGGGAAGGUUAAGCAGAAGGAAGAGGAGAAGGAGGAGGUAGAAGAGAAUCCCCUGCUGGUGCCCCUGGAGGAGAAGUCAGUGCUGGAGGAGCGGCAGGCCAGCAUGUGGUUUGGGAAGGACGCCUUUGCAGGCCUCGAGGAUGAUGCAGAUGAGGAGGUGGAGCUGGGGCAGUCCCAGCUGCUGGCUGAGAGACAACGAGAGUCUAAGAGAGACAAAGCCACCAGGCAAGGGCAGGAGAAAGCAGCCCAGGAGCAAGGUGCAGCUCAGCCCCCACCGGCUGCGGACACCAAACCCACCCCUGGUGAGGCGCAGGAGGAGCAGAGCAGCGAUGAUGACAGCAGCAGCGAUGAGGAGAGGCCACUGCUGCCAGCUGGGAAGAAGCGGGGCCGGGUGGAGCCCUGCGGCUUCGAGGUGGUACCCAUUGUGGACCCGGUGAAGAGGGCUCGGGUCCUGGAUGCUGAGGGCCUGGCGCUUGGCUCCGUCAUCGCCACCUCCAAGAAGGCCAGGAGGGACCUGAUUGAUGACUCCUUCAACAGGUACUCCUACAACGAGGAGGAGGAUGAGCUGCCAGAGUGGUUCACCGAGGAGGAGAAGCAGCACAGGCGCAAGCAGGUGCCUGUGGACAAGCAGACAGUGGAGGCUUACCGGCAGCGCUGGCGCGAGAUCAACGCUCGCCCCAUCAAGAAGGUGGCAGAGGCCAAGGCUCGCAAGAAGAGGAGGAUGCUGAAGAAGAUGGAGCAGAUGAAGAAGAAGGCAGAGUCGGUGGUGAACACUGUGGACAUCUCCGAGAGGGAGAAGGUGGCACAGCUGCGGCGCAUCUACAAGAAGGCAGGGCUGGCCAAGGAGAAGCGGCAGGUGACCUACCUGGUGGCCAAGAAGGGGGUGGGACCCCGUGUACGCCGCCCCCCUGGCGUCAAGGGACAGUUCAAGGUGGUGGACAGCCGCCUGAAGAAGGAUGUGAGGGCUCAGAAGCGCAAGGAGCAGCAGCAGAAGAAGCGCCGCAAGUGAUGCCUGCUCCUCCGGCUGCCACGGAGGGGCAGUGCUGGCUCCUGGCUUUAGCUCACUCUGCCCUCAAGGGGAGCUUGAUGUGCCUUGGUGUGACUUUGCCUCCUGUCCUCCGGGGAGGGUUUAGGUGGCUCCUUCUGGGCUUGCUGUGUGGCUGCAGCUAUCUCCUUGCAGCUGCUGGGAGACUCUUGACCAAAGAUCCAGACUGGUCCUUGCUGUCCCCAGACAAGACAGGUGGUGGUGGCUCAGGGGGGGCACAGCUCCCUGAGCUGUUUUCUGUCACCAGGAUCUGGGGAUUGUGGGUGCUGAGCCCAGAUGGGUGUUGAGGAGAGAGCAAGAAAGACCCAAGAGAAGAACUGUGCUGAAGCAAAUGAUUUAUUUAGACCCAGGGAGGAACAAGGCUUCUCUCCAUCCACAAGUGGUGGCUGUGGAAGUGUCACAAGUGACACAAGUGAAAGUGUCUGCAGGUCCUUUUUGGUGACAGGGCCCAGAGAGGGGGCUGGAGGUAACACUGUGGCUCCCAGGGAGAGCAAGAGGGGUGAGUGGUGGUGGGGUCUGCUGGGGAAGGCCCAGUGGGACUGACUGGAGGGCUCUUGGUCCUGUUCUGGUGCCUCUAGGGUGGGCAGAAGCCAGACCUGGUGCCCCAAAAUUCCCUCGUGGUGGAAGGGACAAGGGAGAGGAUGCACUGAGGAGGUGCUCAGCCAAACCAAAUGUGCCUGGCAGGGGCUUGCAGCACUGGAAAAGCUCUGCCUGUGGGUCUGCAUCAGCCGCUGGGCUCUGGUGUGCAUAGGACCACAAUGAGACCAGAAGGUGGCCAAGA